AUGCCGUAUCAGGCUCCCCCACAGUCGGAUGCUCCACAGCGGGGUUCAGACGCAGUUCAAACGGCACCGAAACGGAGGAGACCACGGAAGCUAGCUCGCGAACCUGACCUCUCUCGUGACAGUUCUGGGGGCGGAGUGCGUAUCUCAUCACCAGAGCGGACCGAACCGCAAAAUGCCACCAGCAACCAGCAUUCCGAACAAGCAGACCCGCCUGCCACCGCCCGGCGACGACCACGCAAACUGAAUCGAAGAGACACGAAUGCAAGUACGGAUGGCGGAGUGCCUCUAUCAUCCGAGGUUGAAGCCUUGAAGAGCCGUGUGCGGGAAAUAGAAGAGCAGGUCCGGGAGCUAUAUUCCCGACCUGCAGCUGCGCCGAAAUUGCCUAGACGACGAGGGCGCGCGAAGAAAGGGGUAGGGCAGGAUGGACAAAGGGGAACAGGUGGAACGGAAGGAGAUUCGGACACUCCCGUAACGAGGGAAGAAGAGCUAUCGCGGUUGAAUCAGGUGUUGUUGGAGGCAAGACGGGAGCUUCGGCACCAUGGUGCGGGCUCAGAUGACGUCAGGAGCGCUCGGUCGAGUAGAAAUAAUUCACCGAGGCCGGUCGUGACUGGGACGCGUGGUAGGAAGUGGUGUGAACCGGUCAUAGAUGAAGAGGAGGUCGAAGAGAUCCCGCGGGCAGAGAAGCCAGGAGAUCCGUCAGCUCAACGGGAUCGUUCCGUCACUCUGAGCGGCACCUAUCAGGUCCGAUUACCGUCUAACCUAUCCAUGGACGAUGUCCGUGCCAUCCAGAAUGGCGUCACGUCAGCGGGGAAUAUUGCGAGAAGCUUGGCAGAAGCGAAUGCGAGAGCAAAGGCUACCGAGCAAGCGGCCCCUCGGAUCACCCAGGCUGUAGGCGAUGGCGAGAAACAAUCGUGGAGCGAGUGGUUCGGGACAUAUAGCUCGAGCAUCGCACGGGUCUUGAACAACGUUGAGCACCAGGCAGUGGCUGAAUCUGCCUGGCCUUAUCCACAAGCAAAGGAACAGGAGCGGCGAAAAUCGUCGGCUUCGUCCCCCAAGGCUAGUGCUUCAAGUUCUACCCCCAAUCCGAAGGUGAGACCUGCUGCGCAGAGUAGAUCGUCGGCAAAGGCACCGAUUGCGGCUGCGGGAAGGCCUCCGCUUAAUUCGACGUUGUCGGACUCGCAAUCGAAGAUUGUGGAAGAGCUCAUGAAAUAA